CGAUACCUGCCCGGCGCGCGCGCAGCGGCUCCACGGCGGGAAGCGGGGGCGCGCACACGCGCGGGGCCGCCCCGGGGCGAGCAGGGAGAGGCUUGGGAGGAGCGGCUGACGCGGAGAGAGGUUCCCACAGUGACCUGGCUUACGUAAGGCAGUGGGACGCGGAGGGCGCUCGCGUGGGCAGAGGCUGCGGCCGCGCUCGCAGUGCCGGUCCCGCCUCCACCCCGUGGGGUCCGGGCCCUGCGCCGUCCGGCCGCCCCCGGCGCGCUGGCCCCUCGGCCCAGCCUUGCGCCCGCCCCCGCGCGUGGUCGCCUCGGCUCCAAGCGCGCCGCCCCCAGACGCGGCUGGCUGGUGGCGAAGACGGCGGCCGCGCUCCUGCCGCCCUGCUCCGGGAGGCCGAGCAUCCUUCCUCCUCCGAGUCUUGCCUCUGGGUCCGCGUCACCGAAGACCCGCGGCUAUGAGCCCCGAGCCGGUGCCGCCGCCGCCCCCCAAGUGUCCCCGCUGCGACUGCGGGGAGCCCUUCGCCCAGCAGUUAGAGAAGGGCGACAAGGCCUUCCGCGCGGGAGAGUACGAGAUGGCAGCCGAGCUCUUCCGCUCCAUGCUGGCCGGCCUGGCGCAGCCCGACCGCGGCCUGUGCCUGCGGCUGGGCAACGCGCUGGCCCGCGCCGGCCGCCUCCCGGAGGCCUUGGGCGCGUUCCGCGGGGCAGCGAGGCUCGGGGCGCUGCGGCCUGAGGAGCUGGGGGAGCUGGCGGGCGGCCUCGCGCGCGCCUUGGGCCAGCGCGAGUGGUGCCAGUCCCAGCAGGGCCGCGCGGCCGAGGCUCCAGGCGAGGGAGCGCAGUCCUCGGCGCCCAUCGCGCCCCGCGACUUGCUCGGCUGCCCGCGCUGCCGACGGCUGCUGCACAAGCCGGUGACCCUGCCGUGCGGGCUCACUGUGUGCAAGCGCUGCGUGGAGUGCGGGCCCGCGCGGCCGCAGGCGCGGCGCGUCAACGUGGUGCUGAGCUGCGUGCUGGAGAAGUGCUUCCCCUCCGAGUGCCUGCUGCGCAAGCUGGCCAGCCAGGCGCGGGCUCUGCAGCGCCAGCAGCAGCCCGAGGCCGCUCUGCUUAGGUGCGACCAGGCCCUGGACCUGGCCCCUGACGAUAUCUCCCUGUUGCUGCUGCGGGCCGACCUGCAUUUAACCCUGCGGAACUACGAGAAGGCGCUGCAGGACUCCGGGGUCGUCUGCCAGAAGGAGCCGCUCUUGACCAAGGGACACCAUAUCAAAGCUCAGGCUCUCUGUGCAUUGGGAAGAAGUGAGGAAGUGUUGAAGGAAUAUCUCUACUGCCUCGCUUUAAAUCCUGAUUGUAGCACGAUGAAGAAAGAGGCACAGAAGGCAGUGUGUGAGGUGUUUUUUCCACCUUCAGAAAACGUGCGUCAACAUACCAAGGCUUGCAUCCAGAGCAGAGCCAGGGCACAGUGUCGCAGCCGCAGAAGCCAGCCACCACCUCCAGCAGAAGGAGGCGAUUCCGGGGGUCCUGAGAACCCAUCUGAGAAAUCUGAUGUAUUUCGAAAUGCCAACUCUUCAGUCUUAUAUUUUAUACUGGGUCUACACUUUGAAGAGGACAAGAAAACGUUAGAAAGUAUACUGCCAGAAAAACCCAGCACUGGCUUAAAGAGACAGCAUCCGGAUGAUACGGAGGAUGCACAUGAACUUAGUGCCCCUGGAAAAAUUCCUAAGAAAGAUGCAGAUGCCUCAACUGAAAAGAAUGUGAACUCUAAGACAGGAGACGGUCGGGAGCUCCCCAUUGACGUCACUGACUUCGAGUGUGCCCUUUGCAUGAGGUUGCUCUUUGAGCCUGUCACCACACCCUGUGGACACACGUUCUGCCUCAAAUGCCUUGAGCGCUGCCUUGACCACGCCCCACACUGUCCACUGUGCAAGGACAAGCUUUCGGAAUUGUUGGCAAGCAGAAAUUUUAACAUAACUAUUCUGGCUGAAGAAUUAAUAUUCCAAUAUUUGUCGGAUGAAUUGACUGACAGGAAGAGGAUUUAUGAUGAAGAAAUGUUGGAACUAUCACAUCUGACCAGAGACGUGCCCAUCUUCGUGUGUGCCAUGGCCUUCCCCACAGUCCCCUGCCCGCUCCACGUCUUCGAGCCUCGCUAUCGGCUUAUGAUAAGAAGAUGUAUGGAAACUGGCACCAAACGAUUUGGCAUGUGUUUAUCUGCUGAGCAUGCCGGGAUUUCAGAGUACGGCUGCAUGCUGGAGAUCAAGGAGGUCAGAACCUUCCCUGAUGGAAGCUCAGUUGUGGAUGCGAUAGGAGUCAGCCGGUUCCGAGUGUUAAACCACCGUCACAGAGAUGGCUACAACACGGCGGACAUCGAAUACCUGGAAGAUGAAAAGGUGGAAGGUCCAGAGUACGAAGAACUUGCUGCUCUUCACGACUCUGUCUACCAGCAGUCUGUUUCCUGGUUCGCUUCUCUCCAGGACCACAUGAAAGAACAAAUCUUAAGUCAUUUUGGGUUAAUGCCAGACCAGGAGCCUGAGCCCCAGAGCAAUCCUAGCGGUCCUGCCUGGUCCUGGUGGAUCCUGGCCGUGCUGCCACUGGAGCGCAAGGCCCAGCUGGCCAUCCUCGGCAUGACCUCCCUGAAGGAGCGCCUGCUUGCCAUUCGGAGAAUAUUAGUCAUCAUCACACGUAAGAUGAAUAGUCGCCAGGAGGUGGUCAACAACAGGGAGAGAAAUAAUUGAUUUUCUCUCUGCGUUAAGGUCUCUGGAAUUCCCUGUCCUUCUAAGAGUGCUGGGCAUGGACGAGCACCCAUCCCUGCCACUGAGCUUUGUAAAAUGCUUGUCGAUAAGGUUGCAUAAUGGAACUCCUGCCAAACACGGACUCCUGCUCCCUGGUAACAAGUCUGUGCCUGGUGGAAUCUGACCCACUACAAAGUUAACCUGAAAUUUAUAUGGCACCUGUGGUUGGAAAACCACCUAGGAAAGUCUCUUUGAAGCAGGUGUUUCAGGAAUGCAGUUCACUGAUUAGACAGAGCACCACGUACGACUCACAGGAGACUUAGGUUUCACAAGAAGGGAGGACCCGUUCCUCAGUAGUAUCUAGCUCUGCCAGAUGGAAACAGAAUAGGUCAGUGACUAGAUGGUGUGUGGGGGGGGAUCGUGUUUUAUUCCGGAAACAGACACUAGAGCACAGGCUAACCAAAAAUGCGCUUAGGCUUUGUGUGUCCCUGUGAAGUUAUCUGUGAAAUUAAGGAAUCAAACCAUUGUCCAGUGCAGUAGCCAAAAUUAGUCCUUCCCCAGGAGCUAGCAGUUUUGGGUAGAACUGUGUUUUGCGUCUUACUGUAAUCCCAGGUGUUGUAAAGUGCAUGUUGCCGUCAAAUGAAUGUCAAAAUACAUGCUGUAUCUCGGAUAUAGAAAAGUCUGUAAUAAUCUAGUUAAUUUGAGGCUCUAUAUUUAUACACACUCAAUGAACAGUAAGUAAAAGUAAGUUUAAACUGUGUAUGUAUUGGGAUGUCGAAGAUACCACCAAAGUAGGUCAGAGAACUCCUUGAAAGCAUAACCCUGUCUCACUGAUUCAGUGGAUACUAAGCAUUUAGGAAACAGUCCUCUUUUCUACUAGGAUUUGCAUUACAGGUUAGGCCUAUCAGUAAAUUUCAGUUUACUAUCCAUCCACUAUUAUAUGACGAUGUUAAAAAGUUGCCAUGAUGUGGUCAUCUGCCUGUCCAAGGGAAAUAAACCAGAAUAUACAAGGAAGGAGAGACUGGCAUGGGGUAUAAGUGUUCAGCAAAUUUUUCUCCAACAUCAACCUAAAAUUUUCGUUAUAUCAGUUUUAUGUUUAUCAGACCAAACAUUAUCUGUCAAAGAACAAUAGGUAUAAUUUGGUUAAUGCAUGUUAGUGAUAUUGGCUGAAAAAAUUCUUUGAACCUGAGGUACUCAGAUGCUCCCACUGUUCUAACUAGCUGGUAGAGAUAACCAGCUGCUUAGUGUGUGAGGCAGAUGUCAUUAACUAAAUUAGGAUGCUGAGAACUAUGGAGUAAACCGCAACUACAAGUUUUACCUUAUUCAUUCAGAGUGUUUGAGUUUUUUAGUUUUAAAAAAUUUCAUAAUUAUGGAAAUCUUGAUGACUUAUCACUUCAUCAUGCAUUUUACUAGAAGGACAUUAUAAUCAUAUUAAUUUUUUAUUGUAUGACUUUUCAGUAACUAAAAUUGCUUCAUCGUGGGAGUUAGACAGUACUGUACUUAUGCAACUUAAUUAUAAGGAGAAAGUAUUCACUGACCCAGUGUUUCAAAUGCUUAUUCUGAAUCUCACAUCUCAUUUUGAAUGGGGCUUAAAGGCAGUUUGGACUUCUAGGAGAUUGUAUUAAUUCAUGCAUUCACAAUUGUAGUCACAUUUCUAAGGCAUGCUGACCUAAUCUGAACACUUAAAAGAACACAAAACUAACUCAUAUGCCAGAAAGCCUUCAGUAGAAGCGAUUCAUGAAAAUUAAUAGGUAUCAACCAUUGUCUGUCUCUCUCUCUCUCUUUUUUUUUUUUUUUUUUUUUUUUUCGUGCUGGGGAUUGAACCCAGGGCCUUGUGCAUGUGAAGUGAACAGUCUACCAGCUGAGCUGUAGCCCUAGCCCUGUCUGUCUCUUUUUGAAAAAAAAUUCAUACCUUUGUUAGCAGUUAGAGGAUUCUUUUGCUCAAUUCAGAUGGGAAUUGGAAAAAGGCAAAGUGCAGCUCCCUCAGUGCUAGCAGCUGCAGCCUCCAGGUGCCGAGGAACCUGUGCUCUCAGUGUUAACAGCUCCAGGCUUUGAAUGCCAGUGACUCUUAGCUUUUAGUGUUAGAGUGCUGAGCUUUGAGUGCCUGUGGCUCUCAGCUCUCAAAGUAGCCCUAUUCCCUGAGUGCCCAUGGUUCCCAGCAGCUGGCAUUAACAGCUCUUCCAGCCAUUCCUGGCAGCUCCUCAGCAGGCAGAGGUAGCAGCUCCCAGCAGCUCUCUGGAGCUCUUCUAGUUGCUGGAGCUAACAGCUCCCAGCAAUUCUUCCAGCAUGGAGUUAGUAACUCCCAAGUCUCCCAUGGGUCUGUGCUCUCACCCAUUGUCUGGAGCUCUUCAGCAGCCUUCUGGCUGCAAGGCAUUAUCAGGGCCAGCAGCCCUUGUUACCAGCUUUUAUAGCAACCAGCUCAGUCCACUCUACCUAAGAUAGAAAUCACUAGUAGGCAAUAAAACCAUCUGAACAAGGCUUCAUUAGGACCUAUGCUGCAGCACAGGGGACAGAAUGCAGAAUGGAAGUCCCAGACUGGCCUGACAAGACUGAGAGAAGUGCUGCUUAUAUAGCCAAAAUAAGGGGUGAGGCCACAUAUGCCCACAGUCUCCUGCCUACUAACCUAACCACAGACUUUCUUCAGUCAUGCCAAUCUGCACAGGCAUACUGGCCCAGCUAUCAUGGGGGAGGGGUGCUUCUCAAAGACCAGAGUAAGGACAUCUGAAGAGGCUACCCCAACCAAAGCAGUUUCCUGGAGCCAUUGAGGGCCUCUGGAGCAGCCAUAGCUGUCACGACAGCUCUAUUGAACUGCCAAAGAAGCAGUCACUUGAUUGACAGCUCUUGCAGUUUCCAUGGUGAGCAUAACAGCUGCAUGACCGCUGCAGGAUGCACAAGUAGCAGCAGCAGCCGGAUGGGGCUUCAAUUGCUGUCAUGAUGACAGGCAUGCAGCCUGCCAAAUAGAGGCCAUCCGAUGGACAGCCCUUGUCAUUCUGAGGGCCAAGACCACUGACACUUACGAUGGCACUCAGGAGUAGUGUCGGUGUCAGUUACAGCCCAUCCUGCUCAGGAGCCCCAGGGAUAGUAGCAGUGGCCCCGGUCUCACCCCAGUCUCUGCCUGGUGGUGCUCCAGGGCAGUGGUGGCUGCAGCAGGGAGGGGCAUGAUGGCUGUCGCCCAGCAGCCAGCCACUGGGGUCUGUCUGCUCCCACCAGCCCCAGGCAGUGUCAGUGUCUGUAGUGAAAAGAAGUGGCACACGAGAAAUUCCCCUCGGGGAACCUUGGUCCCUCUUAUUCUGUCUCACCUUAAUACCAUGUCUGAAGAGUCACCGUUGCUGUUUCCGUUUGGAAGUAUCUAAGUAACCACAGGAUGAUCACAGGGUCCCCGGCAGCCUUCCUAACCGAGAGUGUGCUCGAGAGUUUUUUUAUAGCCUUUGGAAACUUUCACUGUCUCUUGCUCACUUGUUAAAGGUCGUAACUCACACAGUGCAUGGAAUCAGAACCAUUCAUUCACGUCUUCCUGAUUCUCUCUGCCUCUUUCUGAACCGUCCCAUUCAGAAUGUUCUCCGCACAAUGAUGGUGAUGCAGACGGGAGCAGCAUGCGCUUCUGUGUUGUGAAACCAAAGGGCACUGAGUGGGACCGGUGCCUGGAAGGCGUAGACAGGCCCUUACCCAGCCCUGGCGUGACCAUGUACGGGAAGUUGAACCAAGGUUACCAUGUCCCCUGGUCACGGUAUGAAGGAAGUGUCCACUACCAACGUGAAAAGGAGACCCAACUCCAUUUUGCUACAAAUCUAGCUCAGAACACACAGUCUGCUUCCUCCUCCCCAACCUUCUCCACUUUUCUAUCAGGAAAACAUCAUUUUUAAGGAUUUCUCAGAAAGUAAUGUCAUCCCUCAUUGAAAGUGAGGACUUUGCAGUUUAAUUUUAUGGAAAGCAUUCCAACCCCAGUGCUCUCCUUACCCCGGAUAAAAGCAGGAAGGAGAACUGCCAGUGUGGGGAGUCACUUUUCUGCCCGAGACACAGUGCCCUCUAUUAGGUGUCUUUCCGUUUGUUCCCGAGUGGACUGACUCAGUUCCAUACCUGCCUGUUUUUGAAAUGCAGCUGAGAUGCUAAAAGGCCAUCUUUCGAAAGCCUGUGAUGUUUUUAGCAUAUCCCGUCCCCUGUGUUUCUCCAUCUUCAAAAUGGAUAUUUAGGAUUGUCCCUCAAGUUCCAAAUGAAAAAUUUUAAAAAUUAAGGUUCUUUUCAUGAGCCACAAUAAUUUUCAACCAGGUCACAUGUGAAAUUCUACAGUGUUAUCCUGUUUGCAUAAUCAUAAGUGUGUCCCUUUAUUCCCUCAAAUGAUCUCACUCCAAAACCACCAGCAUGGUAAAUUGUAUCUCAAUGAUUACAUAUAUCAAGUCUUUCAAAUCACUGUGGAACAAUUAAAGUUUAUAGAGAGUAGAAUUACCACAAAACAUAUUAUUAUUUGAUCAUAAAAUUAUUUGAAUCAAAACGCUCUAUUACUUGACCUAGCUAUAUUACAUAGAAUUAUUUAUAUUUUGAAGUUGCUUUUUCAAGGUGCCCAUCUGUUUCUUCUUUUUUCUCCCCACCACUUAAAUUACUUGGGAACACAUCACUUUUUAAAAUUUAGAUGCUAUGUUAGUUCAUUUUCCAUCACUAUGAUGAAAUAGCCGAGAAAUAUCAACUUAAAGGAGGAAAAGUUUAUUUUGGCUCAUGGUUUCAGAUGUUUCAGUCUGAGAUCUCCUGACCCCAUUGCUUGGGCCUCUAGGAAGGCAGAACAUCAUGGCAGAAGGGUUUGGUGGAAAGAAUUUGUUCACCUCAUGGUGGCCAGGAAGCAAAGAGAAAGGAGCCAGCACUCCAAUAUCCCUUCUAAGGACACACCGCCCCAAUGACCUAACUUCCUCCCAUUAGGCCCCACCUCCUACAGGUUCCACUGCCUCCCAGUAGAGCCACAGGGCUGGCGACCUAGUUCAACACAUGGCCUGUAGGGUACAUCUAAGAUCCAAAACCACUAAAGAGUCUGUCAAGUAAAAAAGAAGAAAUGUGAAUGAUAGGAGAAAGAGAGAUAAUAACAAACUAGAAAAUAUAAUAAGUGUGAGUGACUCCUUUUUGUUGAAAGCAUAAGUUGGUUUUUCCUGGCUGUGGCUACAGGAUCGGGUAGGGAGGUCCCCAUCUCCCGUUUGUUAGCAGAGGGAGCUUUGUCCCUGCACUCUGCUUGAAGGCCCUGUUCUGAUACUGUGACUCAUCAGAAUCUCAUUCCCAUGGGGGCCAGCCUGAAUGCAGAGGGAGAGCUGUGUGCGCUCACCAUAUAGGGAGAAGAUGCAUCCUGAGUGUUGUCUCCUCCUGUCUGCUGGGGAGGGGCACUGCAUUCUGAGCGCUGACCUUUGACUCCCAGGAGAAGGCCUUUUCGCCGGUACAACUCCUCACCUAACUUCACCUUGACUUUCGCCUCUCAGCUGCUAACUCCUGAAAAACAGCCUUUUAGUAGUGUUUCUGCUUCCAGAGGACCCUGAAUUAGACUACUGAAGUAAUGACAAAUAAUGAAGAAAGUUGGUGCAUUCAGCUCAGUUGGGAAUGUUGGCCCUGAGUCAUCCGAGGGUGUGCUAGGACUGCGUGCUAGGCAAGCAGUCCACCACUGAGCCUCGUCCCCAGCCCCACGUCCAGUUUUAUAAAGGUGGCCCGAAAGACAGUGCAGAGAGGGGAACUCCAUGGGAAGAGGAACUUACCGUUCCAUGUCCUCUAGAAACAGGAGGCCACGUGGGGAAGCACUCAGGCAGAACUGCAGUGAGGAGAAAGUACAGCCCCUGUCCCUUUGUGGGCCCUUUACUGUUUUCUGCAGGAAAAACAAGGCCGAGCAAGGGAAGCAGCCUGCACCGGUUCGACUGCAUUGUGCCCUGGCUCUGGCUCCAGGGGUGAUCUCUAGUUGUCUGAUACCUGACCCCAGGUGAUUAGGGCCUGGGGCAUUUUCUCCUUGGGUGUAAGAACCAGAUAGUGGAGGCGGACUGGUUAGUUGCCUGCAGAAGGCAUGCUCCCAGGCCACCCUUCCCAUCUCUAGGAAGGGACCAGCCUUGGGCAGGGCCAUUGCUUCCAAGUUAGUUAAACCCCCUGGAUGUCAAACAAAAAUGGCGAAAGGGCACGAUGAGUACGAGCUCCCGCUAGCAUUUCUGGACUGAGGUUUAUACACUCCAGGUGACUAGGUUUUUCUCUGCAGAAGGGUAUUAAAGGAGAAAAGCCAUGAGUUAACCAAGUUUGAGCAAGAAGUAGGUCCUAGAAUCAGGCCACACUGCAGAUCCAAAAUGGUUUAGAAUGCCCCACCCCAAGGUGAAGAGCUGUAUUUAUAGUGAGAAAAACAGGAAAUGUCAUACAGAGACUUGUAGAUUGGUACAGUUCCGUAUUUGCUUUAUUUGGGCAUCAUUUGGGAGCCUUUAGCCUGGAAUUGGCCGAGGUAGUGGCUGUUAUAAUUGGCCGAUGCUCAGUUGCUUGGUUACCAGGGGUAUAGAGUACAGCUUGCUUGCACAUCAAGCUAGGCUGUAGUUCAUUUUACAGAGGCUGCCCCAGGUCUGAUUUUAUCACCCAGGAAUGGACACCAGCUCAAUUUUAACAAUUCCUCCUUUGGAUCAUCCUCUCAGACUGACCAAAACCAUAGGUGUGGGCCAUGACACCGUCUUCAGCAACCGUCAUAAUGAAUCUACCUGAUCUUGGUACAGAGUUUUAAAUUUCAUAAUGUCACAUGAGUCAGAUGACUUUUUUUUUUUUUUUUUUUUGUGGUGCUGGGGAUCGAACCCAGGGCCUUGUGCUUGCGAGGUGAGCUCUCUAUCAACUGAGCUAUGUCCCCAACCCUGACUUUGUGUUUUACAUUUUGAUAUUCUGACUGCAAUGAGACCAUUUGAUUUAGCAAGGACAGUUGUAUCCAGGUAUUUAAAACUUUUGAUUACGUGUUACACAAUACACAGUGCCAAGACACUGGUUAAAAGGCUGAAGGGAGCCAGGCCAAGUAGCAAAAAUCAAAUCGGUGAACAGGCAGGACCGAAUAAAUGAGUCUCCGCACUCACAGAGACCCUCAAGAGCUGAACUGAGGGCCAUCUGACAGUGUUGGAAGGUAAGUCAAUACUUUGCUCACCUGUAAGUCUGCAGAGCUCCUAUUCCAGGUAUCCUGGAAAAGUUGCUCUUAGUGCUUCCUGUUUCGCCUCUCGUAAGGACACAUAAACCAUUCCUGUUGGCAAGGGUCCCGCUUGGUGCCCUUAUAUAAGCACUCACCCCUGCCCACGCAGACGGCUCCUAGGACGUGCUUCCUGGAGCGCGGUAUGCCUCGCGUAGGCCUCCCCCGGACAGGAUUUCCAUACGGAGCAGCAGCCAGGCUAUCGGUUGGAGAGGUCAGAGCGCUACUUCUCGUGAGCCUAGGAAGCAAGUAGUGAUGUUUAAAAUAUCCAGGGUCAGCUUCCGCUCUUCCUUUGUGUUUCAGGGUAUUUCUCAUUGCGUGCGUGAAGAGGUACUGGCGUUAAUGAAAGAGUUUGCACAUCUUGUUGGCAUUAGCCCACAAUUUCAACAACCACGCUUUGCUUUGUCUUUAUUUAUUUAUUUAUUUAUUCUUCGCAGUGCUGGGGGGCAGAUCCAGGCCUCCUGCAUGUAAGCAAGCGCUCUGCCACUUGGCCACACCCCUGCCCUUGUGCUGGUUUCUUGGUGAAGCACAAGCCUUUGCUGUAGCCAUUGACAGACAGAUUAUUGUUCUGUGAUUCUUUCUCUGUUGGGGGAGAGGGGGAGGGGAGUAAUUCACCAGAAAUAGAAGAAGGAGAAGCGAUAAGGCCUUUAUUGUUAAAAAGAAGUGUGAUCCAGGAUCUUGGGAAGCUGUCCACAUCUUAAGAUGCUCUGGUUUUAGGGAAGAAAUUCCCUGAUGAGCUUUACCUUUAAAAAUCUCCACCAGGUGUGCAGUUCCCAGAGUCUGGAGAGGCCCUUUUAAAUUGUGAGACAUGGGCCAAGGAUUUGAGGCCCUGAAGCUUUGCUUGAGCAUAGCCGGGGAGAACUUGGUAGGAUCCCUUCCUGUGAGGUUGAAGGGAAGUGUCCGCGUCAUUUCCGGAAGGUCUGGUUUCCAGGUUUUAACUUGGGAGAGGUCUACUUGUCAUCAGCUAAUGAUCAUGAAAAGCUCCUUUGACCUGAUGACUCUUUGAGGCUCUAUUGAUAAGGGCCUGAGGCCUUCCAGUAGCUAUUUCAUAAGGGUCAGACUCUGACCCGAUUGCCAUGAAAGCCAAUGGAAAUAGCUUUGGCCAAGGCAGGUCAGCUAGUUCAGUUGACUUUGCCAACUUGAAUUUCAAGAUGCCGCUAGUCUUAUAAAUUUUCCAGAAGACUGGGGGCUACAGGGACAAUGGCAAUUGAGUUGACAGCACCUUACUCAGUCACUUAUUAAUUUGCCCAUUACAGUGGGUUUUUCUAUCCCUGGAGAUGAUUUCUCCUGGGAUGCCCCAUAAAGGAGAUAUUUUCUCAAAAUUUCCUAGCCCACUGUUGUGGCACCAGUGUUUCUAUGUGGGAAAACGUGUCCCUAGCCACAAAACAGAAACAGUCACAAGUACAUAUCUAUGCCCCGUGGGGGGGUGAAGCCCACCUGUGAACGUCCUGAUGGUCCAUUGGAUGCUGGAAAUGUACCACCUGAAGUUUUUGUCGUCUUCCCAGGAUUAUGGGCUUGGCAAAGCAAAUGUGAAUUAUAAACCCAUUCUAGCAACUUUAGAAUAGUCACCCUGUCACCAGAGGUCUGAAGGGGACCUUGAGCCAGGAUAAGUGGGGUCCUUAACUUACAUGACAGAAAAGAACUUUAGCACAUGCCAGUCAGACAGGAUCAGGGGAGAGUGUGGGUCUCCGAGGGACCAACAGCAGCCCCUUGGUGUGGGCUGUUAAGGUUGAUAGAGGGGUGGAUGCAAGGGGCUGGACCAGAGGUGGAGCCAGGGCGGAGUUACAGAGUCUGGUGCCAGUUCUGUUAGCUGCUGAGUGCCCUCCCGUGACUUUGCACAGGCAGGGCCGGGUGGUGGUGGAGGGGCCCCUCAGGCCAGGUGACUCAGGAAGGGUUGUUUUGCAUGUCAGGUUCCUGGGAGUUCCUGCCUUCUAAAGGCUCAGAAGGUGCUUUUCUUUGAGACUCAUUCUGUCCUUUCCUUUCUGUAUCACCAAAUUCCCAUCCUAACCUCACCAAUGUAUCUUUCACAGAAUGGAUUAGCUUGCCUUUUCAUGGCAAGGUAUAGAAUGCAGCUUUUAGCAGUGGUGGCCUCAAAGGCUUGGGGACCAGGCAGCUGUCCAGACCCUCCAUGAGCCGAUAGUGUUUUCUUGAAUCAAGCGCACCUCAGUUUUAUUGACUAGAUCACCCUAGGGAGGUCGACUUGGGCCAGCCCUAAUAAGUUCUUUCAAACUGCACAUCUUAACUCUUUUAGUACCAACUGACUUGGCCGAGAGAUGUGCUGGGCGCUCCCUUGACACUGGGUUCCGUUUCCUGUGUAAGGGCUCUGAUCUCAGCCAUGGCAACAGGAGAGCAGAAAGGAGUUCGUUUUCCACGUUUAUGGGGUUCUCAGAGUGAGAAACCCUCUGUUCCCACAGUACACCAAAAUCAUAAGCCCCUCCAGCAGCACAUCUGCUGUCUGCAUAAAUGCAUGUGAUCGUCUGUAGCCAGAGAGCAGGCUUGGGUGAGAGCAUAAACCGCUGGGCUGAGCCAGCUCAAACGGGGGAAGAUUCCCUUCUCGACUGGUGGGCCCUGCGUCGGAACAGCACAGCUGACCUCAUUGUUCCCUUCUGAAUUCUGGCCCAAGAUCCGUCUCUAAACUGUCCACUCUGGGUUAUCCAGUGGCGAAGCCUGCAGAUCAGCACAGGGGUCACUGAUUAAAUUGGCUAUUGCACUCACAGUCAGUCCUCGCCACCGCCUGGCAAACAUAACCAGGUAGCCAGUUAAGUUAGCUCCAGCGUUUUAGAUGAAAAUGAAAAGAGGAGACGAAAGAAGUUCCUAAGACAUUAGUCUGCUUAUUGAAGGGUGCUGGUUGGGCUGGAAUUCAGAACCUGCAAGGAAAGCUCAUUCCCCGAAACUAACUCAGAUGAGCCUCUGCCAGUUUGACUGCUGCUUUCAGACAGGCUGUCUCUUAGCAACCAGACCCAGUUGUACACUACAGUGUAGAGCGGGCGCUGCUGUCCUCCAUGCUCUUGUGUAAGAACUCCUGAUGCCUGGUUGGUAUGCUCAGGAAUGAAUCAUCUGAAAUGUCUAGUGAGAUCUGGAAGUCUUACAGCUGGGGUCUGUUGUAAGACCCGUUUCACUUGGUUAAAAGCUGCUCACACCUGUCUUUCCAAGGUCAGGUUUCUGCAUGAAGUUCCUGCAACGGUGAGGUUACCAGGGAAAAAUAGAUGGAACCCAGAUUCUGGAGUGUAAAACCUCUCACCUAUCUUUUCAUGGUAGGCUGGGGAAAGUUUGCAUUGUUCUUCCUCUCUCAGGAGGAAGAAGUCUUUUUUCGGCCAUCAGGUCAUGGCCCAGCUGCCUUGGGUACGCACGCUUUUCCACUGAGACCUGUGGCAUUCAUGGGCACGUUGCUGGAAGAGGUAAGUCGAGUCCGCUUCAGAGCUCUCGUUGG